UAUUUCAACAACAGACUCAACACGUCUGAAUGGAGUAAUGCAACAGUAACCACCAGGAAGGAGUAUUAUUUCAAUAACUGGAUGACUCUGCUGUCCCAGCUGCCUUUGCUGCUCUUCACUUUGCUCAACUCUUUUCUCUAUCAGUGGAUCUCGGAGAAGAUGAGGAUAGCAGGCAGUCUGGUCUUCAUCCUGCUCCUCUUCAUCCUCACUGCUGUGCUGGUGAAGAUCCCGAUGGAGGAGGACCGCUUCUUCUCCGUCACCAUGGCAACCAUCUGGUUUAUCAAUUCGUUCGGGGCCGUGUUACAGGGAAGUCUGUUUGGUUUGGUGGGUUUGUUGCCGCAGAGUUACAGCGCUGUCUUUAUGAGCGGACAGGGACUCGCUGGGACAUUUGCUGCUCUUGCAAUGAUCUUCGCCAUCGCAAGUGAAGCUGAUAGUGAGUCUGCAGCUCUGGGUUAUUUCAUCACUCCGUGUGUCGGGACCCUCGUCACGCUCUUCAGUUACAUGCUGCUGCCAAAGCUGGAGUUUGCUAGAUUUUACCUGGACAGAAAAAGCAAGAGUUACGAGCUUGAGACGUCCAACCGGCUGCUGCCUACAGGUGAUGUUGAAGGUUCUGAGAAGACCAGCGAUCUGUCUGUUGGCUCUGUGCCGAACGGGAAUCCUAAUAAAGGUGAUAGCGGUGUGAGUGAAGAGGAGGGUGUCAGACAGGCCUUCAUCCCGCUGCAGUCAGAAAACACGUCCACGCAGAAGAGCUCCAUCCUGGAAGUCUUCAAAAAGAUUUGGCUUAUGGCGUUUUGUGUGACGUUUGUAUUCACAGUUACACUGUCAGUUUUUCCUGCGGUUACUGUGGAUGUGAAAACUGGGUAUGGAGGAAAAUGGGAACAAUACUUCAUUCCUGUUUUUUGUUUUCUCUUAUUUAACGUGAUGGACUUUACUGGCAGAUCUGUCACAUUAGUAUUUAAGUGGCCCUCUAAAGACAGUCGUUUGUUCCCGGGGUUAGUGGUUUGUCGAGUGAUCUUCGUUCCGCUGCUCAUGAUGUGUAACGUGCAGGAGAGACACUACAUACCUGUGCUCUUCUCAAACGACUUCAUGUUUGCUGCAAUCAUGGUGUUUUUCUCCGUGUCCAGCGGAUACUUUGUGUGUCUGUCCAUGACGUACGCGCCACAGCUUGUGGAGCCUAAAGAUGGCGAGACGGCCGGUGCGUUGAUGACGUUUUUUCUGGCUCUGGGUUUGUCGUUGGGAGCAGCGUUUUCGUUCCCUCUGCGUCUCCUGGUCUGACGCUCACGCUCUCAAUCCCAGAUCCUCGGCUCUCAGGGCUCCUGCGGCAGCACUUGUGUGUCAGUCUGAUCUCUUACUGUUCACACAAACCAGGCAAAUUCAGAAAGGGAAGCAGCGGCAUUCCUCCGUUUUAUUCGGCAGCUAAAAAACA